GCUCCUGUUACGGAGCGGGUCUCGGCGUUUCUCGGUGCGGCUGGCACAUUGAUGCCCACGGCGUGCCGUCCUCCGCACCCGGAGUCCGGGGGCCCGCGAACUUCACAGUCCCCUCAUCCGCCAGCCCCGCCCGCGGGGAGCCCGGCCGGGUCCGGAGACGCUGUGCUGCCGCACUGGAUCCGCGUCUGUUUCCGAUCUGAAUCAAAGCUCUGUCCUCUCCACUGGCUGACUCCUAGGAAAAUAAGAGGCUACAGUACCCAGAAUCCAGCUGUCACCUCCCCAGAAAUUUAAACAACUCUCCAGUUCCUCAGACCCUUCAACUCACCCAAGAAGGCAAAAGAUUCAAUUUCUUCAUCACAGUACAUGCAUACAACGGGCAGAGAGCAAAGCUUGGUAAUCACCUUGGCAUUGCCUGUCUCUGUGAUGCUGAAGACAUUCUCAUUUCUGUGCAUUACAGAAGAGGUUCGGAUUUCCAGAGUCUGUAGGCUUUGGAAGAUGCUAGUUGAGCGUUCUGCACUGUGGAGACAUGUACCUGACACCGUACAGGCUUUGCCUGCUUAGUGCUUGGGCUGUCUGUGAGCGGGGACCCAGAGGAGGACCCCUGCAGCUGGGUUAUUGGCCAUGCAGCCACUGGAAUCCGUGACCUUUGAAGAUGUAGCUGUAGACUUCACGCAGGAUGAGUGGGCCCUGCUGGACAUGUCGCAGCGGAAGCUGUUCAGGGACGUGAUGCUGGAGAACAUACGUCAUCUGGUCUCCCUGGGGUAUCAGCAUUGCCAGUCAGAUGUGAUUUUCCAGCUGGAGCGCGGAGCAGAGCUGUGGGACGAAGGCGGUGGAUGUCUGCAAGGCCGGGGCCCAGGCAGGGAAAGUGCCCUUAAACAACAAGACCUGAGAGCCACACAUCACAUCAGCAGGAAGGACACACACACAGUCAUGCCAGAGCAGAAGCCGCACGCUCCAGAGGGUCCCCUUGAAUGUAAUGACUUGGAAGACGAUCUCACUCGCAGUUUCAGGUCGACUCCCCAUUUGUUAACCCACACAGAAAAGACACCCUGUGUCAGUAAACAGGGUCAGAAAUCCGCUAGUGACCAGUCCUACCUUUACCAACAUAAGCAGAUUCUCACUAGAGGCCGAUCGUGCGAGUGCCGCCUGUGCGGGAAAGCCUUCAGCAACUGCUCCAGCCUCCGGAGGCACGAGAUGGCGCACACCGGAGAGAAGCCCUACGAAUGCCACAUCUGCGGGAACGCCUUCAUUCAAAGCUCGGACCUCAGAAAACACAACCUGACGCACACCGGGGAGAAGCCGUACGAGUGCCACCUGUGCGGGAAGGCCUUCAGCCAGUCCUCCAACCUCCGACAGCACGAGAGGACGCACACCGGGGAGCAGCCCUACGCGUGUCACCUGUGCGGGAAAGCCUUCAGUAAAUGCUCGGCCCUCAGACGGCACGAGAGGACGCACACGGGCGAGAGGCCGUACGAGUGCCACCUCUGCGGGAAGGCCUUCAGCCAGUGUUCCGCGCUCAGACGGCACGAGGGGACCCACAGCGGGGAGAGAAUGGUGACCGCCUCCAGUACGGAUUCUGACCUUAGAUGACCCGCAUGGCCCCGUAGAGUGACGAGUGUGGGCCGGAUUCCCACCGCAGCUGUUCGCAGUUAGCCGCACCAGCCGGCCUGCACGCUGUGCAUUCCUCCCCCCGACUUAGACUCCUGUGGAAGAGGUCCCUGUGUGACAUCCGCGCGGCAAACCCUCCCGUCAGUGUCUGACCGCGGACAACGUGGACAGGGCUUCAGCAGCGGCGCCAGCACUCGGGGGACAGGAGCCGGCCAGGCCCGUGCGCUCGGGGCGGUGCCGUGACGUCGGGUGACCACCGCCCCACCGAGGAAGAGGCGCAUGCUCCGGAGUCACGCAGCCCCUGCAGGAACGACCUCGAGAACCCGCUCGUGCAGCGAGCGGCACUGGCCCGCGUGAGGGCUCAGCCUGUCCCCAACAGCGCCACCCACACCAGAGCGUCCGGUGAUCGCUGGUUUAGCCGGCGUUAACGUUCUUACCCUGAGGGGACAGCGGUCCUCAGCCGUGCAGUCCACGUGGAGAUAACCAGCUACGCUUCACGUCAGAAAGCCAAGUCCUGGGUGAAAAACCUCCGCAAGAGCCUUUUAUAACAGAAUUUAGCAAAUAUUUCAGGACUUUGAGAAAAUCAUUAGUCACAGGGGAAAUGUGGCAUCUCAGUGCAAAAUAGUAAAGUGAUCCAGGAAUAUUGAACGCAGAACUUUGUAGGAAAUGAAAUUUUUUCCAUAGAUUAUUACUUGUAAAUAUUUAAACAAUAAACCCUGUUGCU